AUGCUCCUGGACGCGGGGCCGCAGUUCCCGGCCAUCGGGGUGGGCAGCUUCGCGCGCCACCAUCAUCAUUCGGCUGCUGCAGCGGCGGCGGCGGCCGCUGAGAUGCAGGACCGUGAGCUGAGCCUGGCAGCGGCGCAGAACGGCUUCGUAGACUCGGCGGCCGCGCACAUGGGCGCUUUCAAGCUCAACCCGGGCGCGCACGAACUGUCCCCGGGUCAGAGUUCGGCGUUCACGUCGCAGGGCCCAGGCGCCUACCCCGGUUCCGCUGCCGCGGCGGCUGCUGCCGCCGCGCUCGGGCCCCAUGCCGCGCACGUCGGCUCCUACUCUGGGCCGCCCUUCAACUCCACCCGGGACUUCCUGUUCCGCAGUCGCGGCUUCGGGGACUCUGCGCCUGGCGGCGGCCAGCACGGGCUGUUCGGGCCGGGAGCGGGCGGCCUGCACCACGCGCACUCGGACGCGCAAGGCCACCUCCUCUUCCCUGGCCUCCCGGAGCAGCAUGGGCCGCACGGCUCGCAGAAUGUGCUCAACGGGCAGAUGCGCCUCGGACUGCCUGGCGAGGUGUUCGGGCGCUCGGAGCAGUACCGCCAGGUGGCCAGCCCGCGGACCGACCCCUACUCGGCGGCGCAGCUCCACAACCAGUACGGCCCUAUGAAUAUGAACAUGGGUAUGAAUAUGGCAGCUGCCGCGGCCCACCACCAUCACCAUCACCACCACCCCGGUGCCUUUUUCCGCUACAUGCGGCAGCAGUGCAUCAAGCAGGAGCUGAUCUGCAAGUGGAUCGACCCCGAGCAACUGAGCAAUCCCAAGAAGAGCUGCAACAAAACUUUCAGCACCAUGCACGAGCUGGUGACCCACGUCUCGGUGGAGCACGUCGGCGGCCCGGAGCAGAGCAACCACGUCUGCUUCUGGGAGGAGUGCCCACGCGAGGGCAAGCCCUUCAAGGCCAAAUACAAACUGGUCAACCACAUCCGCGUGCACACAGGCGAGAAGCCUUUCCCCUGCCCCUUCCCGGGCUGCGGCAAGGUCUUCGCGCGCUCCGAGAACCUCAAGAUCCACAAAAGGACCCACACAGGGGAGAAGCCAUUCCAGUGUGAGUUCGAGGGCUGCGACCGGCGCUUCGCCAACAGCAGCGACAGGAAGAAACAUAUGCACGUGCACACGAGCGACAAGCCCUAUCUCUGCAAGAUGUGUGACAAGUCUUACACGCACCCCAGCUCGCUGAGGAAGCACAUGAAGGUCCAUGAGUCCUCCCCGCAGGGCUCUGAGUCCUCUCCGGCCGCCAGCUCCGGCUACGAGUCCUCCACGCCCCCGGGGCUGGUGUCCCCUAGCGCCGAGCCCCAGAGCAGCUCCAACCUGUCCCCGGCAGCGGCGGCGGCGGCAGCAGCAGCAGCGGCCGCAGUGUCGGCGGUGCACCGGGGCGGAGGCUCCAGCAGCGGCGGCGCGGGCGGCGGCUCCGGUGGCGGCAGCGGCGGGGGCGGUGGCGGGGCUGGUGGCGGGGGCGGCGGCGGCAGCGGCGGGGGCAGCGGGACAGCCGGAGGCCACAGCGGCCUCUCUUCCAACUUCAAUGAAUGGUACGUGUGAGGCGCCGGGGCCUCUCUCCCUCUCCCAGUUCCCACCCUGGCGACGGCGCCCUCCCGGUGGCCAGCGCCAAGGGGAACUUGUGAUCUUGUAGUUAUAAUCACGAAUCUGAUUUUUAUGAUAAUGAACAUGAUUUUAUCAGCAGGAGGAUUUUUAAAAGUUUUUAAAAAAAAAAAAAAACAAAUCUGGGCAUGAAAAGCAAAAAUAUCACUUCGGGAGUCUCUGAAACGAAAACUAUAAAAUAAGAAAUAAAAAUUAAAAAUUAAAAAAAAAUUAAAAAUAUUGAACGAAACCUUCCGGUUCCCCUCCAUGCCCACCUUCCUUCCCGCCCUCUUCCCGGACUUCCGACAAACCGUGUACAUAGCAGACUCCUCCUUCCUUCUCUGAGGUGGUUUUAAUGGGUUCUUGGUGUAUAGAAGUUUGUCCAUUUGUAAAGCUCCAGAUUGCCUUCCUCCCUGCCUUCCCUCUCCUUCCCCAAGUGAUGGCCUUUUUCUUUUCUCUUUUUAGUUCACCCAGUUUCUUUUUAAGUACUGUGGAAGGAAAUGGCUUCUUUUGUAUUGUGGUAUUGAAUAUUGUGUUCCUUUUUAUGAGGCAACUUGAUUGUAAACUUCAUGCAACUAUAGACUGGAAAAAACGAACCGUGCCAAAGUCUCCCUCCUGUUCCUUCAGCACACCAAUCCACAGCACACACAUACACACCACCGCCACCAAUGCUUGUGAAUGUAUUUUUCUGUUAGCUGGGUUUACAUGUGCCGUUGUCGUGCUUUUGCAAGUUCGAUUUGUUAGUUUCUGUAUGAAAGAUUGUGGGGGUGGGGGGGAAUCAACGUGGUGCCCUUAGCUUUUCUCCCUAAUAACACCUUUCCUUCUGUAAAUACCCUUUGCCAUAUUUAUCCAUUUGUAAUUAAAUUAUGGUAUUAACUUGCUACAGAGGAAACAAUAUUUAUAAAGAAUGUUUCUUAACUAUAAAUAUGUACAAUUGUGGGCAUAAACUGUUCCAGAUUUUUUAUUUGAAGGUUUUAAGUGGUUUGAUCAUUUCUUGUGAUAUGUUUUGAGAGUAAUGCAUACAGAAAUAUAAUAAAAUGUGUUGAAACUGCAUGAAGAUUUUUUUUCUAGCAAUGUUAUUAAAUUUUAGCAAUGUUAUUAAAGAAAAACAGGGAAAAUGCAGCUGAGGGUAUGGUAUGAUCAUCCUGCCUGAGUGAAUGGGAGGCCCCACCACACAUUCUGGGAAGGAAGGUGUAUGUGCCCUUAGAAACAAGGCCAAAAACUGCCCCUUUGGCAGAAAGUCCCAAAAUUAUUUUCUACGUUCUUUGUUAAGUAACUGAGAAUGAAUUAAAUUUUUGGAAAGGCCAUGUGAGGAAUGGCUGCAGGAACCUUCACAGUUUCUAAUGGCUCCAUUAUCUGAGGGAAUGCCUUUCUUUCUUUCAGCUAUUUGGACUGGAUUUAAGAGCACUAAACAUUUCCUUAUUCUUUGUUUUCCCCGUUCCCUCCC